AUGAACAGUGAAAUUUAUGGUGGCGAAACACUGUUAGGAUUGUUUAGUCCACCAACAGCUGGUCAGUUAUUACCAAAUUUAUUAUUAUCACCAAACGAAUCAUCCAACUCAUCAAUUGAUGUUCAUAAAUUGGCUAUGUCAUUAAAUUCCAAUUCUACGCAGGGAAUUUCUAAUAUGAACAAAAUUAAUAAUAACAUUUUGCAACCUUUACAACAACAACAAACACAAAGACAAAAUCCUUAUGAAAAUCAAGAAUAUUUUUCACUAAGAAAUUCAUUAAUAGGUUCAUCAGUUACAUCAAGUACAACUGCAGCACCUGGAACAGUGACACCACCAACAACAGUGAUAAUAAAUGGUAUGCCUCAAGUAUCGAAUUCACUGGAACAUUAUUCACGAUUUCUUAAUUCUCGUGUCAAUUCUACUAAUGUUAAUAUCAGUGAUGGUGGCAGUAAUUGUCCUUAUAAUAAUGAUACAGAUGAAAAUGGAUUAGAUAUGAAACAGAAUAUUGAAAAGAUUAAAAGUCAUCCAUUAUUCCCCUUACUUGCUUUAAUAUUUGAAAAAUGUGAAUUAGCCACAUGUAUACCAAGAGAUGAGAAUUCCAAUAGUUCAGUUGAUGUUUGUUCAUCUGAUUCAUUUCAAGAAGAUAUAAGUAUGUUCACGAAAGAAAUGGCUUCUUCAAAUCGAUCAAUGUUUACUUCUGAACAAGAACUAAAUUUAUUAAUUAUUCAAGCGAUUCAUGUGCUUCGGUUUCAUUUACUGGAAAUUGAGAAGGUUCAUGAAUUAUGCGAUAGUUUUUGUUCACGUUACAUUACAUGUUUAAAGGGUAAAAUGCCAUUGGAUUUAGUCUGUGAAGAUAGAGAGUCUGCCGCUGAUUCUACAGGUUCAGCAACAAGUCCAUUUUUAAAUCGUUCAUCUUCACCAAAUUUAUUUACUGAUCAAAAUGAAUCAUUAAUAAAUAGUCAACAGAACAAUUCUAAUUUGUAUAGUAAUAAUAAUAAUAAUGGCUCUGUGCAAAAUGGAUCAUUAUCACUUUCAAAUCAUCCUCUUCAGUCAUCAUCAUCUGCGUCGCUUACGCCAAAUUCAAUUCCUCAUCUACAAGAAUCUUGUUUAUUUAAUUCGGAUUCAUUAAACAUUAUGCAAACAUUCAGUCGUACUAAUAACAAUAAUAAUAGUGUAUCAACUGUAGAAAAUUUUAAAACUAUUCUGUCUAAUGAAUUUGAACAUAAUCAAAUUAUUAAUUCUAAAAAUAUUGGUAUUACUGCAGAUUCGUCCAAAUUAAACUUUUGUUUAAAUGGAUCCAUGUCAUCAUCAUCCACAUCAUCAAUGGGUUCAACUUCACCUAAUGCACAAGUGUCAUCUGUGAGUCGCAACCAAACGGGAUUAAGUGGAUUAUCUAAUGCCACGUCUACUGCAGUUAUCCCAACUUCCAUAACUGCUGAAGCAGUUACUAUAACUGGCAUUCCCACUGUAACCGAUUCAAGCGAAAGCAGUUCAAUAGAAUCAUAUUCUGAUUCACAAGUUAACUCUCAUUCAAAUUUAGCUCAAGUUUAUAUGAAUCAGUCUAACUUUUACAACAUAAAUUCUCAUGAUGGAAAUAAUACAUGCUCAACUAUUAUAAACAAUACUAAUACUACUUCUACUACAACCACUUCUAUGAGUAGUAAAAUCCAUACAAAUGAUAUUGACAGUGAUAGUGCUGUAAUUAAUGAAGAUUCUGAUAAAUCAGUGAAUUUCCAUACAAAUCGGUUUGAUUAUUCUCCUCAAUCAUUAUAUACGAAUUCUUAUUAUAAUCAAUAUUUUUCACAAUAUAUACGAGAUAACAUUCCUUUGAAUAGUAUGUUACCAAAUAUGAAUGACACUCUAAACUAUACAGAAUCAUUAAGCAAUCACAAUAUUAAUAGUAAUCAUACAAAUAGGAAUUAUGAAUAUUCUAAUCCUUGUGGAAUUUAUUCAAAUUUUUUCUUAAAUCCAAAUAAUAAUAUACAUUCUGAUGAUAUAAUUAGUAAUUGUUCUACAUCUUCGACAAAAAUGAGUUCAACAAAUUCGUUACCUUAUCAUCAUCACCAAAAUCAACAUCAUCAUCUCCCUUCUCAUCAUCAGAAUACUCAUCAGCAGCAGCAUCAGCAUCGACAGUAUAACCAAUUGCGUAAUCAUUAUCACUCAUUACUUAAUGAUGCAAUAAGUAAGGAUAACUGUAAUGAUUCCAAUUCCGUACAUUCUAUGCCAAAUUGUUCAUCAUCAACAAUAAAUUCUACAAUUCAACCGCCUAAUUUUAUUGAUCCUUAUAUCGAUGUUUCUGAUGAUGUACAGUCACGUUCACAUGAAACAACUCAUCUACAACAUGAAACUAAUCAAUUAGAGCAUAGUCCAAACUCAAUACCAUAUUUACAACAUGGAUUACAUUCUCAUUAUCCAGUACUUUCUAAUAGUUCGUCAAUCUCAAUAGCAUCCACAUCGCCAUCAUCAUCAUUAUCUACAUCAUCAUUACAAUAUCACAAUCUUUAUCAAUUACAACAUUUUCCAUCAAAUCAUACACAUUCAUCUUUAUUACAUAAUUCACAAUAUAGAGGAUAUCGUACUAAUUGUAUACCACCAAGACCAGCAUCAAGAAUUCGACAUACAAAAGCAUCUUCAUUGAAUGGUUCAACCCGUAGUGAUAGUUCAUUAAAUGAUGAUAUACAGGCAGAUAGAAUUGGGAUUAAAUCAAAUGAAUUAGGAGUAGAUGAAACUGGUUCACAAAAAGAUGUCAUGGAAGAAUUAGACUCAGAAACUAGAAAUGAUUUAAAAAGGCAGAAAAAGCGUGGAAUAUUUCCAAAAGUUGCUACAAAUAUCAUGAGAGCAUGGCUUUUUCAACAUUUAACACAUCCUUAUCCAUCGGAAGAACAGAAGAAACAAUUAGCUCAAGAUACAGGAUUAACUAUUUUACAAGUAAAUAAUUGGUUUAUUAAUGCACGUCGAAGAAUUGUACAACCUAUGAUUGACCAGUCUAACAGAGCAGGACCACAUGGUUAUUCAAUCAGUGACAAUAUGCCCCCAUGUAUAGACUAUAUGGAAGGUGGUCCACCGUAUUCAGCUUAUACCAGAGCAGCUCAAGCUGCAGCCGCUGCAGUAGCUGGAUUCUCAAAUCAUCCUACAUCAAAUGAUGUUUAUUUAGCCGCUGCUGCCGCAGCCGCUGCAGCUUCUGUUGGUUUUGGCAAUAGUUCCAUGUUAAACAAUUCAUCAAGUCAGGAUAAUUCGAUUCGAUUCCCUACUAAUAAUAGUCGUAGUGACCAAUGCGUUGGUGAUAUUUCACCAAAGACUAAUGGAAUAGAUUCACUUGUUAUGCCAACAGAUUAUACGCUACCAGAUCGUGUUAGUAUUGUAAAUAAUCGUUUGCCCCAUAAUUCAGUAUAUUCAGAUGACAUAAAUGAAAUUCCUUCGAAUUUAUCUUCUUCAUCAUCCAUGUGUAAUAUACUAACAAAUAAUCCAUUUAAUAGCUCUGGUAUAGAUUAUACAACAGUAAAUAGUGCAUACAAUAAUAGUAAUACUACCCAUCAUCAUCAUCAGCAGCAGCAGCAAAAUAAUCCUCGUUAUUCCACUGUGAUGCCAUGUUCUAACUCUUUUGACGCAUCAAAUGGAUAUUCAUUAAAUCAUCUUUCAUAUCAUAAUUAUGGUUCCAAUAGUUUUGAUACAAUGUCCACAUCAUCGACAAAUUAUAAUACUAAUCUUAUACCAUCGCAUUAUAAUACCACACCAACAACAACAUAUUCACCUAAAAAUUAUCGUAUCAAUGAUACAGACAGUAACAGUUUUAUGAACUCUGAAGAUAUUUUAACGACUACUAAUAGUUCAAUUAUUCAUAAUAGUAGUAUGUCAGAUGAUACAAUCUUAGGCAUAAAUACUGUUACUACACCAUCACCAUCAAUGACAACAUGUAAAAAUAACGAUAUAGUUGAAAAUGAUGGGAUUAACAUUUAUUCAACUUGUUUAGGUACUAUUGGUUCAACAAAAUAA